UGUCACUUGGGGCCCCUCCCUGCCAUUGUGGCCUGGCUGUCCCAGGGAAGUUCUUUCUGGAAAAAGGGUUCUUUUGCCUGGGACCUCCAGGGUUUCUGCAGCUCCCUACAAUCCUGCCGUCACCAUUGGCCUCAGGAUUGUGGUUGGGACCCAGAGGACAGUGGAAGUCUUGCCGCUUGUGGUAGUUUUUACUUAAACCCCUGGUGGACAAAGGCAGGUCUGAGGUGAACCGGGUGGCCUCUGUAUUAACCUAGAAGAGGUGGGAGCCACAUUAUUGAAUGGACGUUCACUCUAGCCCGGCGCUAAGUGCUUCAAAACCUGCCAUGUUCCUCCCAAGAGCCCAGAGAUGAGGUAAUUAAAUGGCUGUUCCUAAGGCACACAGAUAAGCAGCGGUGCUGGACCUCGUCCUUAGUCCUAUUUACAGCCAGGGAAACUGUCCCGGAGAGAAGUGCAAUGCCCGGGUAACGGCUAGUGAGAGAUGCAGCUUGGAAACGGAACCAUCGCUAGGCCAGUCUACUGCCCAUCCACAGUCUCCAGCGUGGGCCACCGAGCUGGGCAGGACAGGCCCGUCCAUGCCAUGGCCCCUGGAACCGUGAGCGGCAGGAAGGAGGCUCCAAGUGCCCUGGCCCUGAUCUUAUUCUUCCAAUCCCUCCUCCCUAGAGAUGGUGGAGGUGGGGCCUAGUUCCUGGUCCCGAGCCUUCCCAGGCCCAGUGAAGACCCCGCCAGCAGGAGGAUGGCCCCACACCCUCUCCGCGACGCGACGGUCAAUCCCAGGGAGGACCCCGCAAGCUCCAGCGGGAAGUGGGCUCCAGACUAGGGGGCGGGAGGCCGGCCUGGGCGGAGCAAAGGGCGCUCGGCCUCGUUGAUUGGCCGCGGCUGCAGAGCUGUCUCUCUAGGAUUGAGCCUUUUCUUUAGGGAGACGGGGCCUUGAUUCACUCCCACCAAUAGGGUUCAAGGAAUCCGCCUCCCACCAGGACACUUCCGGCGGUGCUCUCCGCUCCUUACCGCCAAAGCUGCGGCUCUGGGCGCCCAGCCCCGGCGUAUCCCGAUCACUUCCGGGUGGUGCUCCACGGCCCCGAGCCGCGAUUGGGCUACCGUAGAUGGGGUACUUCCGGUGUCCAGGUGCUGGGCCCUUCGGCAGGAGGAGGAAGAUGGAGCCCAGCACCGCGGCCCGGGCUUGGGCCCUCUUUUGGUUGCUGCUGCCCUUGCUUGGCGCGGUUUGCGCCAGCGGACCCCGCACCUUAGUGCUGCUGGACAACCUCAACGUGCGGGAGACUCAUUCGCUUUUCUUCCGGAGCCUGAAGGACCGGGGCUUUGAGCUCACAUUCAAGACCGCUGAUGACCCCAGCCUGUCUCUCAUAAAGUAUGGAGAAUUCCUCUAUGACAAUCUCAUCAUUUUCUCCCCUUCGGUAGAAGAUUUUGGAGGCAACAUCAACGUGGAGACCAUCAGUGCCUUUAUUGACGGUGGAGGCAGUGUGCUGGUAGCUGCCAGCUCAGACAUUGGUGACCCUCUUCGAGAGCUGGGCAGUGAGUGCGGGAUUGAGUUUGACGAGGAGAAAACGGCUGUCAUUGACCAUCACAACUAUGAUAUCUCAGACCUUGGCCAGCAUACGCUCAUCGUGGCUGACACUGAGAACCUGCUGAAGGCCCCAACCAUUGUUGGGAAAUCAUCUCUAAAUCCCAUCCUCUUUCGAGGUGUUGGGAUGGUGGCCGAUCCUGAUAACCCUUUGGUGCUGGACAUCCUGACGGGCUCUUCCACCUCUUACUCCUUCUUCCCGGACAAGCCUAUCACCCAGUAUCCACAUGCGGUGGGGAAGAACACCCUCCUCAUUGCUGGGCUCCAGGCCAGGAACAAUGCCCGCGUCAUCUUCAGCGGCUCCCUCGACUUCUUCAGCGACUCCUUCUUCAACUCGGCAGUGCAGAAGGCGGCGCCCGGCUCCCAGAGGUAUUCCCAGACAGGCAACUAUGAACUAGCUGUGGCCCUCUCCCGCUGGGUGUUCAAGGAGGAGGGUGUCCUCCGUGUGGGGCCCGUGUCCCAUCAUCGAGUGGGCGAGACAGCCCCACCCAAUGCCUACACUGUCACUGACCUAGUGGAGUACAGCAUCGUGAUCCAGCAGCUCUCAAAUGGCAAAUGGGUCCCCUUUGAUGGCGAUGACAUUCAGCUGGAGUUCGUCCGCAUCGAUCCUUUUGUGAGGACCUUCCUGAAGAAGAAAGGUGGCAAAUACAGUGUUCAGUUCAAGUUGCCCGAUGUGUAUGGUGUAUUCCAGUUUAAAGUGGAUUACAACCGGCUAGGCUACACACACCUGUACUCUUCCACUCAGGUAUCGGUGCGGCCACUCCAGCACACGCAGUAUGAGCGCUUCAUCCCCUCGGCCUACCCCUACUACGCCAGCGCCUUCUCCAUGAUGCUGGGGCUUUUCAUCUUCAGCAUCGUCUUCUUGCACAUGAAGGAGAAGGAGAAGUCCGACUGAGGGGCCAGAGCCCUGGGACUCCGCAUAGUGUGGAGACGGGGCGGGGAGGGGGGUUAUUAGGAUUGGUGGUUUUGUUUUGCUUUGUUUAAAGCCGUGGGAAAAUGGCACAACUUUACCUCUGCGGGAGAUGCAACACUGAGAGCCAAGGGGUGGGAGUUGGGAUAAUUUUUAUGUUGUUUUUCCACUUUGAAUUGUUAAGUGGUACUUUUCAUAUGUGCAGUCACUCUCAUUUCUAAAAUAGAGACAUGGCCGGGCGUGGUGGCUCACGCCUGUAAUCCCGGCACUUUGGGAGGCCGAGGUGGGCGGAUCACGAGGUCAGGAGAUCGAGACCACGGUGAAACCCCGUCUCUACUAAAAAAGUACAAAAAAUUAACCGGGCAUGGUGGCAGGCGCCUGUAGUCCCAGCUAGUUGGGAGGCUGAGGCAGGAGAAUGGCGUGAACCCAGGAGGCGGAGUUUGCAGUGAGCCGAGAUCGUUCCACUGCACUCCAGCCUGGGCAACAGUGCAAGACUCCGUCAAAAAUAAAAAUAAAUAAAGAGAGACGUUGCCCUCAAA